AUGAAUUCAGCAGCAGUAGCUAUAUUUCCAGUGGUACAUGAAAUGUAUCAAAGUGCUGCUAAAAAUCGACGUAAAAUGGUACCGCCAAUACCACAAUCAUGUUUAUUCGACAUUCCCAACGAAUAUAAAUUAACAAUUGAAGGAAAACGAUUUUUAUUAAUUGACGAAGCACGUGUAAGACGUGAACGUUUGUUGGUUUUUACAAGUGAUGCUCAAAUGGAUUUAUUAUUCAAUUCUGAAGUCAUCUAUAUGGAUGGUACAUUUAAAAAAUCUCCAUCACAAUUCGUCCAGAUAUAUAUAAUAAAUAUCGUGCAUUUUGAUAUUUGUGUGCCAUGUGUGUUUAGUUUGUUGAUGAAUAAAAAAGCUGCAACAUACAAGCAAAUAUUUAUUGAAUUAAAAAAUGCUGCUUUAAAAAAGAAAAAGGUUUUUUCUCCGUCAGUUGUUAUGACCGACUUUGAAUCCGGUUCGAUUGCUGCAAUAAAAGAUGAAUUUCCAUCAGCUAAACAUGUUUGCUGCUAUUUUCAUUUUUCUCAAUCAAUUUACAGGAAGAUCCAGUUUUUGGGAUUGCAGCAACAGUACAUUAUUGAUGAAACAUUACGUGGUUUGUGUAGAAAAAUAAUGGCUUUACCAUUGAUGCCACGUGAUAAAAUUUUAGAUGGUCUUGAUGAAAUACGUGAAGCUGCCAAUCUUUUACCCGGUUUACCAAUGGUCCGAUUAUUGAAAUAUUUUGAUGAUAAUUGGAUGUCGAAUAUUGAUUUAUGGAAUGUAUAUGACUUUGAUAGCCGCACAAAUAAUGUGUGCGAAGGGUAUCAUAAUCGAAUAAAUUCGAGAAUUUAUCGACAUCAUCCACAUAUUUGGGAUUUGAUUAAUUUCAUGAAAGCAGAAGAAAAACGUGUACAAAAUAUUCAACUUCAAUGGUCGUCUGGUGCAUCAAAGCCAAAAAAUAAACGAACAACAGCAUUACAAGGUCGAAUAAACACGUUAUAUAAUCGAUAUAAUGAUUAUCUCAUUACAGCAUCUGAUCUUCUCAACGGCUUGUCUUUAGUUGUAGCAAAAAAAAAA